AUGGUCUCGUUCCAAUGCGAGAACUGUGGAGAUGUGCUCACGAAGAAGAAACUCGACUCCCACCGCGGCCAGUGUCGCGGCGCCUCCUUCUCGUGCCUGGACUGCAUGGUCCAUUUCCAGGGCACUGAGUAUCGAUCUCACACCUCAUGCAUGACGGAGGCGCAAAAGUAUCAGGGAGCACUAUAUAAAGAGAAGCCAGCGAAGAACACGAAGAAGAAAGCUGUCACCAUAGCUGAGGACGCAGUUGUCAAGUCGCUCAACCCGUACGUCGAGGACGCGCCCGAUGCAGACGACAACUUCAACGGCGCACCGCCGCCAGCACCCAGUCCUCCGCCGUUUAAAAACACCGACACCACCGUGGCUAAACCAAGGUCUGAGAAGAUCGAUGUGUUCGACUUCCUCGAUGAGUCGACUACGCCCAACGCCUCCAGGACGAACCUCAACGAGUCGAUGACCAUGGUGGAACACGCUCCCCCGAUCUUCGACUCGCCAAAGCAGCUUGCCCGGAUAGACGGCGACAGAGACGAGGAGGACGCGGGCUACGAUGUUGCGUACGAGGAGAAUGGCUUCUCGUACGGAGCAGGUCCCAUCCCGCCUGCGCCGCCGUACAGACACGACUCCGGCCUCUCCACUGCAUCAAACGAGUUCAGGACGCCUGCGCAGAAGUGGGAGCAAGAACGGCAGCAGUGGCUCAACGACCGCAACGCAAGAAUCAACAUGAAUCGUCCCCCUCCUUCGCUCGAGCGUCACCGGACAGACAGCAACAUGAGUCUCACCUCGAGUGACAAGAAACGGAAACGUGGACAGGCCGGCCCUUCUGACCCCAACCUAACUACUCCAGGAGGAGGAGGAAGCUAUGACUACGAGGCCGACACUCCCAUGAUGGACGCCUCUGCAGCUGGUCAUACUGCCUAUCACGAUCGACCACCUCCAAUCCUGCAUUCAGGCUUGACCGGCAACCUCAGCCGUAUGAUGCGUUACUCUGCUUCUCCGGACUACACUGACGAGUACCGCAGCGACCACUCGCGUGGCCACGGCGAACCCAACUCCCCCAUCAAGCGUAGCAAACGCACCAAGGAGCCCGUUGGAUCUGGAGAAAACGGACUGGGAAUAUCGAUGAAGGGACAGGGUCGCACGGCAGGAAAGCUCAUCUCCAUGCUCGGCGCUGGCGCCACUAUCGACCCGGCAACUAAGGCACUUGUGCGCACCAAGAGACGCACCUCGGAGGGGUCGAGUGCAGCCGGCGCUCCUGCAUCUGCACCUGCACCCGCACCUGCACCGUCUUCUACGUCACGCGAGCUGGCGCAGACCAAGAAGACCAAACGGCCAAAGACACGCCAGCUGUCCGAGGUGGGCAGCAGCAGACGCAAGGUCAGCGGUGCCAGCACAAGGAACGGCAACGGCAACGGGAACGGGGCUGAAGACUCCGACUCGGAACGGCCCGAGAAGGAUCACCAGCGCAAGCUGAAGGCCAUCGAGUACAAACGCCCUACGGACUCUGACGACGGGGCCUCCAAACGCAGCAAGACGGACAACAGCCAGAUGAUCCUGUUCAAGAACGGCGCCCAGCCAGGCCACGACAGCGAGUUCGAAGAGACCCUGCGCGUCGAAAAGGCCAGCGUCUUCUUGUCCUUGGUCAACAAGGGCCCGGACAGCGAGCGUGGAUGCUCUGUCCACAAGAUCCUGAAGCGCUACCACCGUCUCGAGUCCCCGUCCCGCUCUGGCUCGCCCGAGUCCAAGGACAAGGACGGCAAAGAGAGCUCGCGAGGCAGCAGGCGAGGCAGGGGACGCAGCCGCGCUGAAGAGAAGGAGCGGAAGGAGGAGGAAGAGCAGCAGCUUUGGCGGACGCUGCGAGUCAAGCGCAACGAUAACGGCGAGAUGGUCCUUUUCCUGCCGUGA